GCCAUGCGCGGCUAGGAAGGAAGGGCAAGCGAAGUCCAUUGGCCUAAGGAGGGGCUGUGGUGAACCCGGGAGGGGACGUCGCCUCACUUACCGGCCUGUCAAUCUUCCGCGAAAAAGCUGGGAGCAAACCGUGAAGAAGCAAAUCCUCGAUCAGCUCCAAUCUCGAAUUUAUCCUCCAUGGCGCUAAGGUUACCUAACAGGCUAUUUCUGCAAUGCAGAGGCAGUAUAGCAAACUUCUGUGAUACUCGAACACAGAGCACUAGUGCACCUGUGCCAAAAGAAAAAGAAGGAAAACCUUUGGUGAAUGGAUCAAAAGUUCCAAAAGCGCAGUUUGACUGGCGUGAUGCCCUACAAUUGGAAAAGCUUCUUACUCCAGAGGAAAUAAUGAUGCGGGACUCAUUUCGUGCCUAUUGCCAAGAAAAAUUGAUGCCCAGGAUCCUCAUGGCCAAUCGAAAUGAAGUCUUUCACCGGGAAAUUGUGUCAGAGAUGGGGACCCUUGGUGUCUUGGGCCCAACCAUUAAAGGUUAUGGCUGCGCAGGAACCACUUAUGUUGCAUAUGGACUCCUGGCCAGGGAGAUUGAGAGGGUGGACAGUGGCUAUCGGUCAGUCAUGAGUGUUCAGUCAUCUUUGGUGAUGCAUCCUAUAUAUGCAUAUGGGACAGAAAAGCAGAAACAGAAAUAUCUUCCAGGUCUAGCUAAAGGAGAGUUGCUGGGCUGUUUUGGGCUUACAGAGCCUAACCAUGGAAGUGACCCUGGUAGCAUGGAGACUCGGGCCCAGUACAACUCUUCCAGGAAGACCUACACACUGAAUGGUUCCAAGACUUGGAUCACUAAUUCUCCAGUGGCUGAUCUAUGUGUAGUGUGGGCUGUGUGUCAUGAUGGCAAAAUACGGGGUUUCCUAUUGGAACGAGGAAUGAAAGGUCUUUCUACCCCAAAAAUUGAGGGCAAAUUUUCAUUACGUGCCUCACUUACUGGGAUGAUUAUUAUGGAAGAUGUAGAAGUGCCUGAAGAGAAUCUACUACCCAAAGUGUCUGGACUCGCAGGACCUUUUGGCUGCUUGAAUAAUGCACGUUAUGGCAUCUCCUGGGGAGCACUGGGUGCUGCUGAGUUCUGUAUGCAUACAGCCAGGCAGUAUACUUUGGAUAGAAUGCAGUUCAGAGCCCCCUUGGCAAGAAACCAAUUGAUCCAGAAGAAGUUGGCUGACAUGCUCACAGAGAUCACUAUUGGCUUACAGGCUUGUCUGCAACUGGGGCGCUUGAAAGAUGAAGACAAGGAAACUCCUGAGAUGAUCUCUAUGCUGAAACGGAAUUCCUGUGGGAAAGCCCUGGAGAUUGCCCGGCAAGCCCGUGACAUGCUUGGGGGCAAUGGAAUUGCAGAUGAAUAUCAUGUUAUCAGGCAUGUUAUGAAUUUGGAGGCAGUAAACACAUAUGAAGGGACUCAUGACAUCCAUGCUCUCAUCCUUGGUAGAGCUAUCACUGGACUUCAGGCAUUCACAGUUGGGAAAUAAAUACAUUUCCCUAGACUUUAGUUUUCCUCUACAUGAUUCCAGUUGGGAACAUCACUCGAGAUGGUUUAUGAUGCUAGAAGAUGAGCAUGGACUGCUUCUGCUCAUCAGAUUGUGAUCAAAUUAUUCAGUUCAACUCAAUUAUUUGUAAGCUGAAACAAAUCAGGCAUUUAAAAAUUCUUUGUUGUUCACCAAAAAUACAGAAAGAAAUUAAAAGUGCUGCAUUAUGCUAAGGGAAAAACUUUUUCUAAUUGGUAGAAGGAUAACACUGUGGUCUAGAAAAUGUUUUGGAAUUGUCUAAUUAUUUUUGAGACAAACUAUCUGGGUAUGUAAUUAUAAGAAAUUUGAUACUUUAAAGCUGACUGCUGUUCCAGGAUCCAGUCAGAGCCUUGAGGUCUAUACCAGAGUGAGUAAUCUACAAUUUUUAGUUUUAAAAAAUCCAGGUAAGAUUCUUCUUUUUGUGUAAGAGGAAACUGUAAUACUUGCAAACACAGAAGACGAAAAUCAGAAUAUACUACCUACUCUGUGCUCUUCCUGCCAUGUGACAUAACUAGCUGCUGGUUUUUAGUGCCUUUAUUGACAAUGUUAAGUAAAGACUGAUUUUUGUAUAUUAGAA